UCCACCCUCACACCUGCAUAUAUGCACGCGCACCCCACGCACACACAUAGCACACUCACGUAGCUGCGUCUCCUGCCUCACUUCCUCCCGGCCACUUUCUGCAAACUUGUCCGCAUGGACGCCAUAGGGAGCCCCUUUAGGAGAACUAUGGAUGCAAGGACGAGCAGCUACGGCUACAGCCGCUUAGCCGGCGCCCCCUCCAGCGGCUUCCGCUCCUCCCAGACGUGGUCCCGGGCCAGUCCCGGCUCCGGCGUGAGCGUGUCGUACAAGAGGAGCGCGAACAAGCCCCGCACAGAGAGCACGGAGCUCAGCCAGAGUUCGCUGCUGAGCGCGGACCCCUGCAGGCGCUCCAACGAAAAGGAGCAACUCCAAGGGCUCAACGACCGCUUCGCCGUGUACAUCGACAAGGUGCACUACCUGGAGCAGCAGAACAAGCAGAUCGAGGAUGAGAUCCAGGCCCUGAGGAGCCAGCAGGCGUCCCGCUCCCAACUGGGCGACCACUACGACCGGGAGCUGCAGGAGCUGCGCGACACGCUGGAGCAGAUCCACCGCGACAAGGCGCAGAUUCAGCUGGACGCCGACCACCUGGACGACGACAUCCAGCAGGUCAGGGAGCGCCUGGACGAGGAAGCCCGCAUCCGCGAGGACGCCGAGGCCAUCAUCCGCGUCCUCAAGAAGGACGCCGGAGAUUCGGAGUUGCUUAAGUCCGAGCUGGAGAAGAAAGUGCAGUCCUUGCAGGACGAGAUCGCCUUCAUCCGCAACAACCACGAAGAGGAGGUGAGCGAGCUUCUGGGUCACAUCCAGGCGUCCCAGGUGACCGUGGAGCGCAGGGACCCCCAGAGGGCCGACAUCACCGAGGCUCUGCGGGAGAUCCGCAGCGAGCUGGAGGGACACUCCAACCAGAACCUGCAGCAGGAAGAGAGCUGGUUCGUGUGCCACUACGCCAAGCUCAACGAGGCGGCCGAGCAGAACAAGGACGCCAUCAAGUCCGCCCGGGAUGAGAUCAGCGACUACCGGCGCCAGCUCCAGACCAAGACGGUGGAGCUGGAGUCUGUCCGCGGCACAAGAGACUCGCUGGAGAGGCAGCUGAGUGACAUUGAGGACCGCCACAACGGCGACCUGUCCAGCCUGCAGGAGUCAAUCCACCAGCUAGAUAAUGAGCUCAAGAGCACCAAAUGGGAGAUGGCACGUCAUCUGCGUGAGUACCAGGACCUGCUCAAUGUCAAGAUGGCCCUGGACAUCGAGAUUGCUGCAUACAGAAAACUCUUGGAGGGCGAGGAGACCCACUUCAGCACUUUCUCCCAUCGUCCGGCUGUUUCCGCCUCCAAGAUGUCAAGGGUUAGGACAGAAGCUCCCAAAAUGAAAGUGCAACAUAAGUUUGUAGAUGAGAUCAUUGAGGAGACCAGGGUAGAGGAUGAAAAGGCCGACAUGGAGGAGGCCCUGGCUGAGAUAGCACAGGAGCUCUCGGCCACACUGGAAGGCAGCGGUGGAGAAGAAGAGGAAGAGGAUGAAGAAGAAGAAGACGAAGAAGAAGAGGCAGGCGAUGAAGAGGAAAAGGGGGAAGGUGGGGUGGCUGAGGAGGAAAUUAUAGCUGCAACCGAUGCUAAAGUUAGUUCACAAGCACCCGCCAAGGAAGAAGAAGGGGAUGAGGAGGAGGGUGGGGACGAGGAAGAAGAGGGUGAAGAAGGUGAGGAAGAGGAAAAUGAAGAAGAUGACGGUGAGGCGAGCAAAGGAGAUGAUGAGGCAAAUGACGAGGGAGAAGUGGAGGAAACCAUCCUAUGUUCCAAAGUUCAGGAGGCUAAAGCCUUGCCUGAGAAGGCAAAGGUCGAGGAAUUAGAAGAGGAAGAAGAGGCCAGUGGGGGAGAAGAGGAAGCCGAAGAAGAGGAUGAGGAAGAAGAAAAGGAUAAAGCAGAUGACAAGGACAAAAAGGGUGAUGCAAAAACUGAGGAAACUAUUGUAGCCAAAGUGGAAGUUCAAAAAACAGGAGCUGUAAAGCUUGAAGCCAAAAAUGAAGAAAAUGUCAAAACCAAACCAGCAAAACCAGACUCUCUCAAACCUGAAUCCCCCAAAACUAGUGCUCCUCAGUCAGAAUCCCCAAAACCGAGUUCUCCAAAGUCAGUAUCUCCAAAGGCUGGUUCACCGAAAUCUGAAUCCCCAAAACCGAGUUCUCCAAAGUCAGAAUCUCCAAAGGCUGGUUCUCCAAAGUCAGAAUCCCCCAAACCUACUUCCCUGAAGUCAGAAUCCCCAAAGGCUGGUUCUCCGAAGUCAGAAUCUCCAAAACCUAGCUCCCCAAAGUUAGAAUCUCCAAAGGCUGCUUCACCGAAAUCUGAAUCCCCAAAACAGAGUUCUCCAAAGUCAGAAUCUCCAAAGGCUGGUUCUCCUAAAUCUGAAUCCCCAAAGGCAAGAUCUCCGAAGUCAGAAUCCCCAAAACCUAGUUCCCCAAAGUCAGAAUCCCCAAAGGCUGGUUCUCCGAAGUCAGAAUCUCCAAAACCUAGCUCCCCAAAGUUAGAAUCUCCAAAGGCUGGUUCCCCAAAGGCUGUUUCUCCGAAGUCAGAAUCUCCAAAACCUAGCUCCCCAAAGUUAGAAUCUCCAAAGGCUGGUUCCCCAAAGUCUGAAUCCCCAAAACCUGUCUCCCCAAAAGCAGAAUCCCCUAAAUCAGAAUGUCCCAAGAGUGCACCACCCGAGGAGGACUCACCAAAGAUUAGCUCCCCAAAAGCAGAAUCCCCUAAAUCAGAAUCUCCCAAGCCUGCCUCCUCCCCCAAAGAUGACUCACCAAAGGCUAGUUCUCCAAAAGCAGAAUCCCCUAAAUCAGAAUCUCCCAAGCCUGCCUUCUCCCCCAAAGACGACUCACCAAAGGCUCGUUCUCCAAAAGCAGAAUCUCCUAAAUCAGAAUCACCAAAGACAGUAUCCCCAAAAGCAGAAUCCCCUAAAUCAGAAUCCCCCAUGCCUGCCUCCCCCAAAGAAGAGUCAAAGGCCAUCUCUCCAAAAGCAGAGUCCCCCCAAACAGAAUUGGCAAAAGCUGACUCACAAAAGGCAGAAUCUCCCAAAACAGAACCUACCAAAUCUGACGUGCCACAGCCUGACGAAGACAAAAAGAGCGACUUGACGGAAGACAAGACGACAAAAGACGUGGCUAUGAAUGGUGAUGUAGACAAGACCAGCCCAGAGCAGGAAGAGAAGAAGGACGAGGGCGACAACGUGAUCACAAACGGCGUAGACGAGAGCCUAAUCAAAGAUGACGGCAGUCAGAAGGUGGUGAUCACCAAAACCGUGGAGACCAUUACAACUGGGGACAACGGCUCGCAGCUGGUGACUAAGUCGGUCACUGUAACAGAGACGGUGAAGGAGGUGGAGGAAGUGCUGCAGGACAAGAUGGUCUCCACCGUCAAGACGGAGAAGCACUCCAUCCAAUCUAUCAAGCAGGUGACGGAGAGCGAAUGAGACGUAGGAGUAAGAGGAUUGGUCGAUGAGAAGACAAGCGGAACUAACAUAAGAGAACACAUACAGCUAGAGCCACAUAAUACACAACUUAGAAAGAAGCCAGACAAACGCUACAAAUGCUAGCAAUGCAUGUUUGCAGAUGCACUGAGGGGGGCCAGCCAUUGAGACUUUUUGCUUUGUGUUCUUUCCACAGCUCACUGAUGAGCUUGUAGUUUUGGGGGUGGGCGGGGCUUUGCAUGCUAGCUCAGGGGCUGAGAGAGGGCACUUACCUCUCCAAUGUAUGUACUGUACGUAUGUUAAGAAUAGACCAUAAAGAGACAUAUUAAAAGAUAGACUGUAAAGCGGGUGGGUGGGACAUUUUUCUUUUUCAAAGUAAAUGAGGGCAGGGAGAUAAGGUGUGUGAGAGGGGUAUGGGGUUGUGUGCAAUGUAGCCUUACUUGACAUACGUGAAGAUUGUGACUCAGCCAAAAAAAAAUACUGUGCACACCCGCAGCAGCGAAUGACAACAGGACGAUCACGUGACCCUACGCAAUACUCCGAUGCUAUUCAUGAACCUUAUGAAACUACUAGCCUUAAACAUGCUUUUUCAUCCAUGUUUACCUGGUUGCAAAUGCAAAGAAAAUACUUUACUAGUGUAGAGAAUCGCAUUCUAUAUGCAUAAGAAUGGACUUGAAAUGCAAAACAGAAAUAUGAGGUGCUACUGUUUGCAGUCCCAAGAUCUUACUCAUCAACAACAAUUUCCCAUGCAGCAACAUUUGCUCAAUAAACAUAAUCAUUA